AUCAAAAGUCAAAACACUGCCAUUUGUCAUCCUCUCUCAACGAUCACUAGCCAUCAACAAGGGCUUAUUGAAGGUGACAAGAGAUGCAAUAAGGAGAAGAAGAAAUAGAUAAGAAAAUCCUUUAGGAUGUGGAAGAGAACGGCCGGAGGGUGGUUGUCGCCGCCGUCUUCAAAGCUUGCAUGGUUUACAGUGGUUGUGAUUGCGGUUUUUGGGUUUGUGGUGUUUCGUGCCCAAAACUAUUCCGCUUUGCUAUUCACUUAUCCUUACUUGAACACUCCGGUAGCCUCUCUAGCCGGCGUUCUCCGGCCGGAGAGCCAGAAGGGCGCCGGCGAUUCAAGACUGGCGGCGGCGGAGAAAUUAAACAAGGGAUUGCCGCAUGAGAGUAACGUUACCGGCGAUUCAAGACUGACGGCGUUAAUAGGGAAGGGGUUGUUGUUGCAUGAGAGUAACGUUACCGGAGUUUCAAGACUGCCGGCGUUAGUGACGACGGAGGAGGAAAUAGAUAAGGGGCUGCAUGAGAAUAACGUUAACGGCGACGACGAGAGACAAAACGGCAUAUCUUUUGAUGAUUCCGAGGAUUCGAGAAAACCGAUGAAAAGGUAUACGUAUACCAACAUGGAGAUAAUAGAAGCCGGUCUUGCCCGAGCUCGAGCUUCCAUCUUAAACGGCGGCGGCGGCGGGACCCACACAAAAGAUGAUGACUCCGUCCCUCUGGGUCCCAUGUACCGGAACGCUUCGUUCUUCCUCAGGAGCUACGAGGAAAUGGAGAAAACAUUGAAGGUGUAUGUGUACGAGGAUGGACAGCCGCCGGUGGCUCACUACGGUCCCUGCAAGAGCACAUACGCAAUCGAAGGUAAUUUCAUUCAUGCAAUGGAUUUUAGCCCCUUUCGCACCAACGAUCCCGACAAAGCCCACCUUUACUUCCUCCCCUUCAGCAUCACCGUCCUCAGCAAACUGGUUUAUGAACUAAACUCCCAUGAUUGGACUCCCAUGAAGACAACUGCAUUGGAUUAUGUCAACUCUGUUGCUCGCAAAUACCCUUUCUGGAAUCGCACUCUCGGCGCCGAUCACUUCAUACUUUCUUGCCAUGAUUGGGGGCCGGAAAUAUCAUUCGCAGUUCCAAAUCUGCACAAUAAUUCCAUCCGGGCAUUAUGCAACGCCAACACCUCAGAGCGCUUCGACCCGAAGAAAGAUGUAUCAAUCCCAGAAAUCUUCCUCCCGUCCGGCACGAUGAAGGGCUUGCUCGGCGGCCCGUCACCGUCCAAACGCCCGGUCCUCGUCUUCUACGCGGGCGGGCUGCACGGCCCAGUCCGCCCAAUUCUACUACAGCACUGGGAGAACAAAGACGAGGAUGUUCAGGUCCACAGCUAUCUCCCGAAGAACGUGUCAUACCACGGAAUGAUGCGGAAAAGUAGGUUCUGCAUUUGCCCUAGCGGGUACGAGGUUGCCAGUCCGAGAAUGGUGGAGGCGCUAUACAUGGGGUGUGUCCCUGUGCUCAUAAAAAGUGGCUACGUGGCGCCAUUCAGUGACGUGUUGAAUUGGAAGGCGUUUGCGGUUAUUAUUCCGGUGAAGGAUAUCCCUAACCUCAAGAAAAUCUUGACGGGUAUUUCGCAGAGACAGUAUAUAAGGAUGCAGAGGAGAGGAGUUAAGGUUAGGAGGCAUUUUGAGGUUAAUUCUCCGCCUAAACGUUUUGAUGUCUUCCACAUGAUUCUCCAUUCCAUUUGGCUUAGAAGGCUCAAUGUUCGACUUCACCAUGUCAAUAUGUAACACCUACUUUAAUUAGGGUUCUUAAUUGUCUAAAUUUUUACAAAAAGUUUUCGUUUUUUUCUGGUACAUAAUUGUUUGGAUCGGAGAUGUUAGUUAUUGUUUUUUAUUCUUGUAAUUUGUUGUAAUGGUUUGCUCAUGCAUUGUAAUAAAAUUUUGAAUAAUUAUGUGAUUUGGUUGCAUAAUA